AUGGAAUAUUUCGACUUUGAAGGCGCUGCGUCCGCUCACGAGUCCAAUCACCAAAGUGACGAUGUCGCAUCGGUUGACUUUGAAAACGACGAAGCAGAGGAACGGGCAGCCAAUUUCAACUCGCUGCUCCAAGAUCAGCCGUUAGAAUUCCCCGAUGACCCGCUGGCUCCGGAAACGGCCGAACAGAACAUCGGGGAGACCUUCGUCGGCCUCGAUCAAGACACCGGGCCCUACCCCAUGUUCCGUGCGCAGGAACCCUGUGAUUUCUGUCGGCACAUGGGCCUUGACUGUUUUGUUGCAAAGCGAGGAGUGAUGAACAACGGGUGUACCUGUUGUAUUUCACUCUGGCGUGAAUGCAGUUUCACUCAUGCCAAAGUCCCGGGUAGAUUUCUUCAGACAUUACAUCCUGUGACCGAGAACGCAUACAUCCCUACGGGAAGCUUGACUGGGAAGCGGGCUUUGAAGUCGGUCUCCUACGGCACCUUUGGUGACGAUACAGAUGGGCGCUCUCGCAAGAGCAACGCUCGAUUCUCACGCAGGGCCGUCAACAUUCUCAAGGGCUGGCUCCGCGAUCAUAACGAAAAUCCCUAUCCCAACGAGACGGAAAAGGACCAGUUGAAGCAAAGCACAGGCUUGAACAGGACACAAAUUUCCAACUGGCUCGCCAACGCCCGACGACGCGGCAAAGUUCGUCCCGCUAGCGGCAUUGAGUCGCCCGUGUCGGAAGCGAUUGAGAUUCCCGGGUCGCAACCCAAAGACCUGUCUCUCAUGACUCCUAUUGAGCGAUGGAAGUACUCUCCUCCCGAGAACGAACCUGCCGCCAUCAGCGAUAUUAAGCGUUCGCUGGCCAAUCCUCCAUUCGAUCCCUCGCGUCAACGGCUGACCCCGUCUGGUCACGUGCGCCACCGGCCGGGCUCCAGUACAAAUGAGUCAAGCCACGCAAGCUCAGAACAUAAAAGAUAUGAUGCCUCGGGCAGUAGUUUGGAUACCAGUCGGUCAUCUCGCUCUGACCUUUCUUUUGCUUCUGCCUUUUCUCAUCGAUCCUCCCUGGGGUCUUUUGGCUCAAUGGAUCGCAAAGAACGUCGUCGUCGCCGCAAGGCCUCGGUGCCUGUCAACUCUUUCAAUCAACAGAAGGCUCGGGCGGUUCGUCCAUUCCAGUGUACCUUCUGUACUGACUCUUUCGCCGCCAAGUACGAUUGGCAACGCCAUGAAAAAUCCAUGCACCUCAUCCUCGACGCGUGGACUUGUUCUCCUCAUGGCGGUGUCACCGAGGAGAAUGGUAUACUUCGUUGCGUCUUCUGCUCGGCAGCUGACCCAGAUAGGGGUCACCUGGAAACCCACAACUACAUUAGCUGCCAAGAGAAGUCCAUCAAGGAGAGAACUUUCUAUCGGAAGGACCAUCUCAACCAGCAUCUUCGAUUGAUGCACGAUGCCAAGUUCCAACGUUGCAUGGAUAAGUGGCAAAGCAGUAUCACAGAAAUCAAUUCUCGCUGUGGGUUCUGCGGCUCUGCCUUGCACACUUGGAAGGACCGAGUGGAUCACCUCGCCGGUCACUUCAAGAAUGGGGCCAGCAUGUCUCAAUGGCAAGGAGAUUGGGGAUUUGACGCCCAUAUCCAAGAUCGAGUCGAGAAUGCAAUCCCGCCUUAUAUGAUCGACUACGAGUGGAGGUCUCCCGAUCCUUGGACCACCGUCCAAGCCCAAGGGGAUGACAACACACCGUCGCUUCCCGUCCCUAAUGACGCCAAUUGCUAUCUUCGCCUUUCCCGUGAGCUUAGUAUUUUUAUUCAAAGCCAAGCCACACAGGGAAUCACCCCGACAGACCAGAUGAUACAGGCUGAGGCCCGUCGAGUCAUCUACGGCUGUGAUGACCCCUGGAACCAGACCUGUGCAGAUCAUCCUAUCUGGCUGAGUAUCUUGAAGCGAGAUAACGGCAUGGAUACCGCCGUGCAAAAUGACAGUAUCCAGCUUGCGGACCUUGGCCUGCAACCCCCCUUUGCUGCUCACGGUGGCUUGCGUGCCCCUCCCCGCGAAACCAACAUACUGGCGAGGGCGGUAUGUCCAGGUGCCCUUCCAAGUCCCGCAGUAUCCAGUCCUGGUAUACGAAGCCCGGCCAUUCCUGGUACAGGCUUCUCCUCUGCUGCAGCCAGUGGACAGGCCAGUCUUUCAGGAAGUUAUGCUGGAAGUACAGGGAUGAUGUCAACUGGGAUGCCGGCGUUCGCCUCUGAUUGGGGCAGCAGCCUCACAGGCAACGCUUCGUCCUCUUCUGCUCCAGCAGAGGGGCCAGCUGAUCCGCUGGUGCAGAUGGGAUUUGACCCAGCGUUCCUGCAACGACUGAACGACAGCUACAGUGAACUCACUCCACCCGACAUGGAAGCUGUAUCGUUGGGUGGAGCUGGUGAAUUUCAGAACACUGGGAAGCAGCCGUGGUUGGAUCCGUCACAGUCUCAGCCGAUGAUGGGUGUGCCUGGCUCGGGCCCAAUUGCCAUGAAAUUUUCGCAAGGAAAUCACACUCCUGCGUCAGAUACUUCACAGGGUGGUAUGCCUGCAUUCCAAGACAGUCCUGGUAAAUAUUGA